CAUUUCAAUCAUCUCUUCUCCAUAUAUUCAUCAUAAUUCAUCAUUCUUGCUAUUGUUCUUCAACUCUUAGCCAAAUUUUCUGCAAUUUUUCUCUACUCCCUCUCUACUUUUUUGAAAUGGCAGGAGGUCAAAGAAAAAGAUCCCGCACAGGCAAGAACGUGGCUUCUUCCUCGGCUCCUCCACCACCGGCGCACAAGUAUCUCGACGGGUCAUUCCUUUGGUUCAACGACCGCGAAGAGGCGACGCAGUUCUCGGAAAAGUUUGAGCACCGGGAAAUUCUCCCUCCCCGAUUCUCCACCGCCCGCUUCAUUCAUGACUCCAUUCCACGCGAGGCACGGGUUAUCCUCGAACGUGGAAACUUCCUCGACCUCCUCUACAUCAAGAAGGUCAAUUAUCACCCCUUUCUUGUUCGAGCUUUCUACUCGAACUUGAAAAAGGAUGAGGACGAAGCGUUGAUCUCUAACGUCAACGGGGUGGACAUCUAUUUGAAUGAGGAAAACAUUCAAAUUCUCACAGGGCUUCGUCGGGACGGACAGAAUCACGGGCUCUAUGUCGGAGAAGAAGGAGCGCGGUUCAACGAGACCGCCCUCUUGGAGAAAGAGGACACAAAGACAAUUCAUGCAAUGAUUCACAACGCCAAUCUCAAUUGGUGUAAAUUUGUGAUGACUCACAUGUUCACCGCCACCUCCGACAAUCGGCCGCUCCCCUACGCCCUCCUUGUCAUGGCGAUUCUUGAAGAGUAUAACAUCAAAACCGAUGUUGGGCCAAAGAUAAAGGGGGCAAAGCAUUGGGAGAUUGAUGAAUCCUCUUUCCACUCGGGCCUUGACGAGACUCCGUUUCGACAGCCUCGUCCACGCCGCCAACCGAGAGCCACUGCCUCAACCGCCACCACUUCGACCAAUCAUUCUCUCGCCGAGCAAAUGGUAGCCUUGACCGCCACUCUCUCUCGGAUUGACACCAACGUCUCCAAAACGGCACACAACGUCAAUACCUUGAGCCGUGAGCUUCACGGGUAUUUUGACUUUGUCCAUUACCCGUACGCUCAAAUGGUCCCCUACGUUCCUCCACCGAAUUUCAGAGGUGAACAAAGUGGGACUCAAAACGUUGGUAGAGAAGAAGAGGUGGACGAUGAGGAAGAGGAAGAAGAAGAGGAAGAAGAAGCCGAAGAUGAUGAUGAAGAUGAAGAUGAUGAAGAAGAAGACAUUGACGAAGACCAACUUCUCAAUGAUCUUUCACCGGACUUCUAGAGCUCUAGCUCUAUUCCCUUCUCUUCUUUAUUCUUUUUAUGCUUUUUAAAUUUGCUUCCGUCAUGUACUCCGCUAUUUCCCUUAAUUAAUAAAAAUCUUUAUGGUUU